AUGACUGCAUACAACGAACGUAUCAUUUAUGCGAGACGCAUGAAGUGGGGCCACGAAACACGUGCCUGUCCACGAGGCGGGCCGCGAUGCUGGUAUUGCGCUCUUUCACGUGGAAGUUCAGAAUGUGCUGAAAAGAUUUCCGAAGGAAACAACGUCCCUCGGAAAUGCGUGAACUGCCGACAAGAGCGUGGGGGAAUUCCCACACCUGCAGAGGUCAACAGUGAUGGCCCUGCAGAGAAAGCCAUGGCACUGGCCACAGUACCAGCACCAACACGAGUUAAAGCUCUGUCAACUCAAGCACCAGCAACAGUUUCAGCAUCAGCAGCAGCACCAGUCCUAGCACCAUAUGCUGCACCAUCUUCUGCACCAGCUUCAGCACCAGCUGCAGAACCAACUCUAGCACCAUCUUCUGCACCAGCUUCAGCACCAGCUUCAGCAUCAGUUGCAACACCAGUUGCAGCUCAGCCCUCACUGCAGCAAGACAAACAGGAGUCCAACGGGGAAAUAAAAGAUCUGCUGCAAAUGCUACUUCGGCAGGUGGAGCAGGGACAAUCCACCCAUCAACGAGAGGCGCCUUUUCGAGCAGUUUGCGGGCAUGUUCUAACGACCGCGGAGAAGUCGCCGCUCACGGCUCUCAUCGAUUUCUAA